AGCUGGGCUCGCUGCGGACGCGGGUGGGAGCCUAGCAGUCCCGCAGAGGUUCAGGCUGAGGUGGCACCUUCCAGCCCCACUCGUCACUAGGUCCCUACCCCCCUAGAAUCGCCCUCCACCUUUAUCCUUAUUCAUUUUUGCCCCCCCCCCCCCCCGCCCCGCCAGUGUCCCCGCAGACGAAUAUCUCCACUCCUGGUAACCCCCUGCAUUUCUCUCCUCCCACCACAAACCCCGCGACCUCCAGCAGCCCGCCCCCGCGGGCCGGAUCCUGACUGCUGACUCCCUCCGCAGCCUCCUCAGCCUUCGCGUUCUCCGGGCUCUAGCUACUACAGCCCCGGUUGUCUGUCCUCGGGUUUCCGGGUUUCCUACCCUUCCCGCCCCCUCGGAGCCCCCUACCCCCGUCCUGGCCAGCCGGCAUGCAGGUGUCUAUCGCGUGUACUGAGCAGAACCUUCGCAGCCGCAACAGUGAGGACCGUCUGUGUGGACCCCGGCCAGGCCCUGGGGGCGGUAAUGGUGGGCCAGUCGGCGGGGUGCAUGGCAAUCCUCCAGGAGGAGGAGGGUCAGGCCCCAAGGCCCGGGCAGUGGUCCCCCGACCCCCAGCGCCCGCUGGGGCCCUCCGAGAGAGCACCGGCCGAGGCACUGGCAUGAAAUACAGAAACCUAGGAAAGUCUGGUCUUCGGGUGUCCUGUCUUGGCCUAGGUACCUGGGUCACAUUUGGUUCUCAGAUCUCAGAUGAGACAGCAGAAGAUGUGCUGACAGUAGCCUAUGAGCAUGGUGUAAACCUGUUUGACACCACUGAAGUGUACGCAGCUGGAAAGGCUGAAAGAACCCUAGGCAACAUCCUCAAGAGCAAAGGUUGGAGGAGAUCAAGCUAUGUCAUCACCACCAAGAUUUUUGGGGGAGGACAGGCAGAAACUGAGCGAGGCUUGAGCCGCAAACACAUCAUCGAGGGCUUACGAGGAUCUCUGGAACGUCUCCAGCUGGGAUAUGUGGACAUCGUCUUUGCUAAUCGCUCAGAUCCCAACAGUCCCAUGGAGGAGAUUGUGCGAGCCAUGACCUAUGUCAUCAACCAGGGCCUGGCCCUAUACUGGGGGACAUCCCGAUGGGGGGCUACAGAAAUCAUGGAAGCCUACUCUAUGGCCAGACAGUUCAAUCUGAUUCCUCCAGUGUGUGAACAAGCAGAGCACCAACUGUUUCAGAGAGAGAAGGUGGAGAUGCAGCUGCCAGAGCUCUACCAUAAGAUUGGUGUUGGCUCAGUCACCUGGUCCCCUUUGGCCUGUGGCCUCAUCACUAGCAAGUAUGAUGGGCGAGUCCCAGAUCCCUGCAGGGCCACCAUCAAGGGCUACCAGUGGCUCAAGGACAAGGUGCAGAGUGAGGAUGGCAAGAAGCAACAAGCCAAAGUCAUGGACCUUCUCCCCAUUGCUCACCAGCUGGGCUGCACUGUGGCGCAGCUUGCAAUUGCGUGGUGUCUCCGUAGUGAGGGUGUCAGCUCGGUCUUGCUGGGGGCUUCAAGUGCAGAGCAGCUGAUAGAACACCUGGGCGCCCUACAGGUGCUGAGCCAGCUGACCCCGCAGACGGUUAUGGAGAUAGACGGGCUCCUGGGGAACAAACCACAUUCCAAGAAAUAGUCGGUCGGGGGCGCAGGGACCCAAACCCAGAACCGCUGCACCCCUGCCCACGCACAACUGCUUCCCCGCAGCCAAAUCCCUCCCGCGACCAGAACCAGAGUGGCCUCCGCCCACUAACGAGUUCCGGCUUUGAUAUUAGAUAAGCAUGAACAAAGCCAUAUCCUUCCGCAGAGGGACUGGAGAAGAAAAGUAGUUCGCUGCUACCUGCUGCGUUCUCCUAGGUCUUAUUGCUAAUCCCAGGCAUGAGCUACUGGGCUGUCCCCUCUCUGCCAUUUGGUUUCGCUCCUUUCCCUCUUACCCCAAUAGCUGAGGCCCAUUUAAAAAAGCUAAAUGACAGGCAUAAGAAACGGAGAGUGGGCCUUGAAAUGUCAUCAAAGGGUAAUAACCUAAUAAGAAGUGUGUUGUGAUGUCAUCUGGGACAAAGGGAAGUGGGGCUCUUAGUUAUGCUGUACAAAGGAAGCCAGGCUGGCCCUGGCAGAAAGUAAAUGAUAAUCUUUGGGAAACCAGGACCCUGCCUCCCAGCCAGGAGGUGAAGGGGGACUUAAAACUAGAAUUAGUGUUAAUACAUUGUCUCUGGCAAAGGUGGAGGGAAAUUUGAUGGCAGCUAUACAUCUGGCCAGGGUAGCUCUUGGAAAACACAGUUGGGUGGUGCUUCGCAGGAAAUAGUGACAGCUGUGGGUCACAGCAGAGAUAUGGGGCUGACAUAAGAAGGUCUGGAGAUAGACUUUUGAGCCUUGAGCUGGACUUCCUUCCUGGCAGUGGACUACAGUCUUCCUUUUGGCAAUAAUCUUCAAGCAAUAAUGA